UCAAAGAUAAGAAUUCAACUGUCUGUCCAAAUCUAUAGUGGAUUUACGAACACAAUUUUUUUUUAGCUUAAAUAAGCACUUCCGCCGACACUUCCAUUUAUCUUGGGAUUAAAAACUGAAUGUGCUAGGUAUGAUGUAUAGGGAUUUAUUGCUUAUGCCAGUCUGCACCUUAGAGCAAUUGUUUGACCAGUUAGUAAAUUCUAUGAUCCCCAGUGUUUAAGCAAUUGCUUAGAAAAUCUAUUAACAAAUUAAGGCAAUUUAUCUGUAGUCUUGACGUUAUUGCUUUUCUUGGUACAUUCAAAGGGUUUGUUAAUUUCAUGAGUGUGAACAUUUCUCUUAUUGACUUAAAAACUUGUUAGUUAAACAAGUGAAACGUGAAGGAAAAAACAGCACUGUGAUUGUAUGUCCUAGGAAAUGCAUUGGGCCAUGCUUAUGUAUUUUUCUAAUACACAUUCUUAACUGUAAACAAUUUUUAAUUCGAGUCUUUUCCCUUUUGAUACCCAAAGAAGGCUUACAAUUUUGGUCAUAUGCACUGAUAUGAGUGUUGUUUCCGUUGGUGUUAUUUUAUUUCAUGGAUGAUAUCUUGAACCAACGGUCUUUCCGAAACAGCCUCUCUACCUCCACGAGGUAGUGGUAUUUGAUUGAGGAUUAUGUUAUUGGAGGGUAAUACCCUGAAGCUUUAAGGAGGGAAUGCAUGGAUGUAGUGUUGGAUCUGAUGUUAUAGUCAAUGCCGGGAUUGAUUCCAUGGGAGGAUUUGUUGAAGGCGGAGUGGGUAUUGGUACCAAAACUUCUCCGCACACAACUGCAAUUGAGAAGGUUCGAGCAGAGCUAAGGCAGGAGUGCAGUGGCCAACAUGAAACGAAAAGACAGUUAGAAUUUCUAGAGGAAGGUGGCGAUCCCCUGAAUUUCAAAAUUGUGGAUGCUGCUUCAUUUAGUGUUCAGUCCACCUCACUGACAGAUAAACAUCCAGAUCAGUUUGUGACCAGUGAAAUAAAAGGUAGUUUUGCAGUUACCACUUCAGCUCGUGGAGACUCAGUUGAAAGUAGUGGUCGACCUGCGGCUCCUCAACUUUGUGAACCCAACAGUGCUGACAAUCUCAUGCUGUUUGAUGGGGAAAACAAGUUUGUUGGUAGUGAUAGGGGCUAUAGACAUCCCAGUAGGAGCAAUGUUACUCCAUCAGGGCAGUCCUCUAAGUUUGAGGAAAGUCAAAAUGCAAAAGAAUUAGGUAAGUCUACUGCUUUUGGCAUCCCUAAAAAGGCAUACAAGCGAAGAUACAGGCUGCGACCAAAUCGUGACAGUGCUAGAUCAAGUUCAUCUGAUAUAGCUCGUGGUGGUCAUGACACAUCUUUGCCUUCACAACAUUUUCCCAAAGAUGUGAAAGGACUUAUUUCUGAUUUAGAUAAGGGUCAGAACUCUUCCUUGAACAUUGCACAGACUCUUAGUCCAAAUGGUGGUAUGGCUCUCAAGAAUAUGCCAUCUGAUAAUCAGCUGGACUUAGAAGUAGAUGGUGUUAAAGCUGCAGAGUCAACUACUGACUUUAAGAAAGAUGAUAUGCUGGACACUGUUCCUGAUGCUAGUGCUUCUAGAGGUUUGCUCGAUAACCAACAUAAUCAGAAAUCACUCACUUGUGUCCAGAAAAUGUCUAUUCAGCAAGCUCCUGAAAAGCCUCAAGUGCCAAAGGUAAAGGAAAGGGUAGGUUCUGCUGGUCUUGAUUGUCAGCCAGAUACCACUGAAAGAGAAGUUGAAAAUAGUUCCAGCCUAAUGAAUGGGUUCGGUAGUCGAAAAGGCUAUAAGAAAAGCUUCGCAAAUGAAGCUGAAAGUAGUGGUGCGGCCUUGGGCGCAAAGGGUUUAGAUUCAGAGUCUUCUUGCACCCAGACUAGUCUAAGUUUAGAUGGGCAUAAUGAUAGUGAAAUGUGUACCAACCUGAAUAUUUUGGAUUCCAACGGUAACUUAAACGGACAACUGGUAGUGCCAGAUGGGAUGGCAGUUAUUGGAAGUGAUGUUAAAGUAAAGAACGAGAUUGAAGUUGACAUGAAUAGUGAUUUGAACAAUGAAAAUCCUAAUUCUGGUCACGGGAAUCACCAAAGUAAUGGUUGUGUGGCCAAGUCACCAAAACAACUUGUUAGUACUGCAUCUAAUUUGCAAAGUGAGAUAAAAGAUAAACUUAUCACGGAAAGAAUGGAAGAAGUAGGCCCAUCUGAAUUAGAAAUCACAAGAAAAUGUUUUGUGCUUAAAAGUGAAGAUCCCAACCCCCAAGAUGUUUGCAAUGUUGGAAUUCAGGGUAUGAUUGAUACCUGUAUACCAGAGCACUCUGAGUGUGUAUCGCAGACUAGAGUUUCAAACCUGGCUCCUGAGGGACAAACACCUAGGAUCCAGGGUGAUGAAGACUCAAUCUUGAAAGAGGCACAGAUUAUAGAGGCGAAGCGUAAAAGGAUUGCAGAACUGUCUGCUGUAACCUGUCCGCUGGAAAAUGGUCGAAAAUCCCAGUGGUAUUAUGUACUUGAAGAAAUGGUUUGGCUGGCAAAUGAUUUUGCUCAGGAACGUCUCUGGAAGAUUACUGCUGCAGGUCAAAUAUGCCACCAAGUUGCUUUUAGUUCACGGUUGAGAUUCCAAGAACGAAAUUGUAGUUGGGAGCAAAAAACGGUAGCUCACAACGUGGCCAAAUAUGUCAUGGAUUUCUGGCAUUCUGUUGAGGUAAAAAGCCAAAAAAUGGAGCUUGCAAAACCUAAAAAGGAUUACACUAAUGCCAUUAGGGAAUAUGCCAUAAGAUUUCUGAAGUACAAUGACUCAUAUGUUCCAAAAAAUCAAGCUGAGGCUCCAUUGACUCCAGACAGGAUAUGUGACUGGGGAAAUAUGGACACAUCUCUGGAGGACCAUUUGACAGAGGAGAACCUCUUCUAUCCUGUUCUGCUUGGAGCAGUGGAUGCUUACAGAAAAUCUAUCGAAUCUCAUGUUCAACUUUGUGAGAAGACAGGUAAUGGUAUGCAAGAGGAGGUGGAGACCUCUGCAUGUGAUGCAGUUACAGAUUGUGCAUAUGAAGUGGAUGAAGGAGAAACAAGUGCAUAUGAUCGUUCAGUUGCCUUAGAAGGUAACAAAUCGUCAAGAUUUCCCCAGAAGACACGGAAGAUCCUCCUGAAGGGUUACAGUGGCAGACCAUAUGACGUUGGUGCUGGUAUACAAUUUACACAGUGCAUGGAAAAUAGAGUUGGCAGUCAUCAAUCUGUUCUGCUGGGGAAACGGCCAGCUAGCACUCUUAAUGUGUCUAUUCCAACCAAGCGUGUGCGUACUGCUUCUAGGCAGAGAGUCGUUAGUCCCUUCGGUGCAACAACAGCUGGAUGUGUUCAGUUGCCAAUCAAAACAGAUGCUUCAAGUGGUGAUACUGGUUCAUUUCAGGAUGAUCAGAGUACAUUGCAAGGUGGAUCACAUAUGAAUAGCUUGGAAGUUGAAUCCGUGGGUGACUAUGAAAAACACCUACUAUUUGACUCUGCUGAAGUAUCAAAACCUAAAAAGAAGAAAAAAGCAAAGCUUCUGGGUUCUUCAUAUGGGCAGCGAUGGCAGGUUGACUCAAAUUAUCAAAUCAACCAGAAGGAUCAUUCCAGAAAGAGAUUCGAGAGCCAUCAACUUGAAUCAAACGGUAGCAGCGGUUUAUUUGGUCAACAUAUCGCAAAGAAGCCAAAGAUGCUGAGGCAAUCAUUUGAAAAUUCUUUUGAGAAUAAUGCCCCUAUUGGUGGAUCUAUUCCAUCUCCAGUUGCUUCCCAGAUGAGUAACAUGUCCAACCCAAAUAAACUCAUGAGGAUGCUUAGUGGAAGGGACAGGAAUAGGAAAGCCAAAACUUUGAAGAUGACUGCUGGACAGGCAGGUUCAGGAAGUCCAUGGUCACUAUUUGAGGAACAGGCACUUGUUGUCCUCGUGCAUGACAUGGGUCCAAACUGGGAGCUUGUAAGUGAUGCCAUCAACAGUACCUUGCAAUUCAAGUGUAUAUAUCGCAAGCCGAAUGAAUGCAAGGAACGCCAUAAAGUACUUAUGGACAGAACUACUGGUGAUGGCGCUGAUAGUGCUGAAGAUUCAGGAUCUUCUCAACCAUAUCCUUCAACAUUACCAGGCAUUCCGAAGGGAAGUGCCAGACAGCUGUUUCAGCGUUUGCAGGGACCAAUGGAAGAGGACACACUCAAAUCUCAUUUUGAGAAGAUCAUCUUGAUUGGAAAAAAAUAUCUUUUACGGAAGACUCAGGGUGAAAACUAUGAUCUAAAACAAAUUCAGCAACCACACGAUUCUCAUAUGCAUGCGCUUUCCCAACUUUGUCCGAGUAAUCUGAAUGGAGGAUCUUUUCUUACGCCUCUGGAUCUGUGCGAGGAACCUCCACGGGCUCCAUCUAGUCCAGACUUUCUUCCUGCUGGAUUGGAAGGUUCAUACUCAGGUGGAUUAUCUAUCUCGAGUCAGGGUGGAGGAUCAGUGCUUCCUGCAUCUGGUGCAAAUUCUGGAGUGCAAGCAUCCACCAAUAUGAUUCUCGGAAGCACUUUUCCUUCAUCAACAAGUCCACUAAAUGCAUCUGUCAGAUAUGCUGUUCCGAGAGCUGUAUCUUUUCCAGUUGAUGAGCAGCAGAGAUCCCAGCAAUAUAAUCAAAUGUUAUCAAGUGGAAAUAUGCAGUCCAAUAAAUCUGCUCCUGGAUCCCUUGCAGCCAGUGACAGUGGUGGUGCUCGUACACAUCCCAGUGGCAACAGCAUGGGAGCAUUGUCUGGGCUUAAUAGAGGUAUGGCAAUGGCAAGACCUGGGUUUCAGGGAAUAGCAUCAUCAUCUAUGCUUUCUUCUGGUACGACAACAAUGCCAAGCACUGUAAAUAUGCAAUCUGGAGUGAACUCAAAUCAGGGGAAUUCAAUGUUGAGACCUCGUGAUGUUUUGCACAUGAUACGGCCCUCACCGAAUCAGGAAGCUCAGAAGCAAAUGAUUCUUCCUGAGCUUCAGAUAAAGGUCUCUCAAGGAAGCAGUCAAGGCGUCCCUCCUUUUGGUGGGUCAAGUUCCUCUUUCCCUAACCAGACUGCCUCCUCACCUGUUUCUUCACACCCACUUCAUCAUCAGCAACCACAUCUUUUAUCUUCACAGCAGCCUCUUGUGCAUAGCCCUCGGCAUCCUCAUCUUCAAGGGGCCAGUCAUGCCACCAGCCCACAGCAUCAAGCUUAUGCGAUUCGUUUAGCUAGAGAGAGGCACCUGCAGCAGCGGCUUUUACAACAGCAACAUCAACAACUCUCACAUACGCAGCCCCAUCUUCCUAUACCAUCCUCAUUGCAGAAUAGUCCUCAGAUCACUUCACAGACUUCUUCUCCACCAGUGUCACUUUCUCCUUUGACAUCCCCUUCCUCAAUGUCUCCAAUGCCACAGCAUCAACUGAAACAUCCAUUUCCGGCCCAUGGGCUUGGCCGAAGUGCACAAACUGGGGGUAGUAGUUUAAUUACUCAAAUGAGCAAGCCAAGGCCACAUCAGAUAGGGCAGCAGCAUCUUCAAAAUGCUAGCAGACUCCAUCCUCCACAGCGCCAGCAGUCAGAAUCUCAAAAACAAGCUAAAAUUUUGAAGGGCGUGGGGAGAGGGAAAUCGAUGAUACAACAGAACAUGCAGAUUGAUCCCUCUUUAUCAGAAGGCCUUCCUACAGAUCAAGUGAAUAAAUCUGCAGAGAAAGGUGAGCAAGCCACACAGUUGUUGCAAGGUCAGGGAAUCCUGGCCCAGCCUGCAAAGCAAAAGGUGAGUCAGCCGCAGCAUCCCCAUUCUAAGAUAAAUUCUGGCCAAGUGCCUCUAUCCAAAAAGCAGCAAAUUCCCCCUAAUUCUGACAGUACCAAUCAAGGUCUUGCCUCAUCGAGUGUAUUGGGUCCUAAUUUGCCCCAUCAAUCUGUUCCAACCUCAGUUGUAGGUUCUUCCAACCACCGAAUGUUGAUGCAUCCACAGCAACAGGUGCAAUUGCGGCCAAAGUUGACUCCUCAAAGUCAAGCAGCUCUUCAAGGGGUUCUGCAACGGAAACGUUCACUGAAUUCUGAACCGCCAAACAAGUUGCAAGCUGGUGAACCUCAAAGUGAACAGCGCAAUAUUUGCAACACUUCACAGAUAGGUAACACGUCUCUGCAGGGCUCCAACAAUUUAACUAAUGCCACAGAGGUAUCUGCCGCCGGUGCUACUCAAAUGAAGGUUGCAGUUCCGUCAUUAGAUUCAAUUGGAACCCCACCAAUAAAUUCUGCUGCCAGCGAGACAGGGCCAGAAGUCAACCAAGGAGUAAGCCAAAUGCAAUCUUCUGGUAAGUUGUCUCCUAUUGGGCGUGAUGCUAGUGUUCAAUGGAAGCAAAAGUCUUCGGAGUUGCAUCCUCCCUUGCUAGUGACCCAGCCCCAGUCACACCAGCAACAACAGCAGCGGCCGCUGUUGCAACAUCCAGAUCAGGCUCAGGUUCUGCAAGCAGGGAAUAGAGGUUUGUUAGCUAGACCCAGUGAAUCUAGACUGGAUUGAGGUACACACAAAACAUCAAGGGUUACUCCUUCGCAGCUUGUCAUUCCUUCAGCAUGCCUUUGAAACAACAGCGUACAGACAAAGCUCGUUGUGCCUGAGGGAAUCACAUUGGGAUGAGAAGGUGAACUUCAAGAUUUUGGGAGCGUAUGAGGAUGAUCAGCUCAAAUUUUGUGUUUUGUAUAGUAUUUGUUGCCCUAGAGCCUCAGUAAGGUAGGAACAGAUGUAGAGGUAGGUGUACAAGGUCUCUCUCUUCUCUUAGCCCCCUUCAAUUACCUCUCAUUUUUCUUGAACCCCCUUUUCACCUGCUCACUAAGGGAGGGCCUAUUUGAUUUUGUCCCCGUAGUCAUCCCAUGUAUUAUAGCCCUUUUUUUUUAUAUUCAAUGGGGUAGUUAUCAUUUUUAUGGCCAAAGGCUGUGGAAAGUCUUGUAAAUAUUAGAGGCAUGUGUAUACUCAAUAUUUGUCAAUACAGUCAUCAUACAUGACUGCCCUCCUUGCCCUCAAACUUGUGCAAUUCUUGUAAAUUGUUGUUAUUGGCGUUAUGAAAAUCCUGAAAUGAGAUCUGAUCAUGCAUA